AACUUUAUUCCCUAGAGCAGUAAAAGCAAAACAAACAAGACACAGAUAAAGUUGCAUACAGGGGAAAAUACAGAAAGAGAGAGAAAAAGUAGAUGCCCAAAACAGAAAUUUUAAUUCUGCUCGACUACCAUGCGAUAAUUUGUGGUUUAAGAUAAGAAAGAUGAAAUCUUUUCUUGUUGUAGUGUCAGUAUCACCUUAAACUUCCAAAACCUGGGCCGUCUUCAUUCAGACCUCUUUCUAGCUCAAAAAGGAUCUUUUUUUUUGUUUCUUAUUGAUUUACCUGGUUUUUUCACAAUCCCAUGAGCGUGUUCAUAUGAUUUAAUGAGAGAAAGAGAUUUUUAUUGAAGAAGCUGGAUAUUAGCCUCCACAUAUGCCUCUUUAUCUAAAUCUCUUUGCACGAUUCUAUUCGGGCCUGUAACUGAACUGAGCUCCCUUUCAGAAAAAAGCAUGGCAUUAGGAGGACCAAAGAGGCGGUGGAGUUCAAUUAACACACUUUGUUUGUCUGGAAAAUCGGCCCAACGUUUCUGUUUCUUUUCAAAAGUAAAAUCGGACGAUAAUGAUGAUGUCAAAAGUACCCCUGUGUACCUAAAUGUGUAUGACUUGACUCCAAUUAAUGGUUAUGUCUAUUGGGCUGGCUUAGGCAUAUUUCACUCUGGUGUGGAAGUACAUGGCGCAGAGUAUGCAUUUGGAGCUCACGACUACUCGUCUAGCGGCAUUUUCGAAGUCGAGCCACGCCAUUGCCCGGGAUUUAAGUUCCGAAAGUCCAUAUUCAUUGGCACAACAAAAUUAAAUGCUGCCCAAGUUAGGGAGUUUAUGGAGCGGCAAGCAGCAGAUUACAAUGGUGAUACUUACCAUUUGAUUGCAAAGAAUUGCAACCAUUUUUGCAAGGAUGUGUGUUUCAAGCUGACUGGAAAAAAGAUACCGAAAUGGAUAAAUCGGGUGGCCAAAAUGGGGUCGAUGUUCAACUGUGUCCUUCCGGAAACUCUUAAGAUUAAUGCUGUCCAAGUCCAACACAACCUUAAAGAACGGUCUUAUAACGAUAGUGAGAAAAGGAGACUUAGUAGUAGUAGUUUCAGUUGUCUUUCGUCAAUAUCUUCAAGGCAAAAACACUUGUCGACUUCUUCACUGUUGCUACAGUCCCCAUUGAAAGGGUGCUUAUGCCCGUGGGAAUUAAAGAGAGGUCCAUAAAUGGUUCCUUUUGAAGGAAAUGUAAAAGCAUGAAUUUGAAAAUUGUUGGUUGAAAUAUAUUCAGAAUGGCCCCUCGUUGUUUUCCAUGAUUUUGUCGGUUUAUCUAUGUUUCAUGCAAAACGAGCCAAUGGAUAUAUCAGCUUUUGGAGGUCAUAAUGUGAUUAUCGUGAAUCGUGAUGCAAAAUUUUUUAUUUUAUUUUAUUUGAUUUUUUGCAAUCUCCCUUGCUAUAGGGGUGUGCAGUAUUCUUCUUAUGUUAGUGCCAGAUAAUGUAUAAAUUAACUAGCUAGCUUUUAUACCUAGAAAAUGCAUCACCAAGUUUGUGAUUUGUGUGUUGCUGUAUUUGUUGUGUGUGGAAUUGUUCUUGUUGGUGCAAAUCAUCAUAAGGGAAUGUAAAUUUUCAUGUACAGUCUCUCUCUCUCUCUCUCUCU